AUGCUAUUACAGACGCGCCUGGCCUAUGCCCGCGCAUGGCAUCACCUCGACAUUGGCUCUGACCCGCGCGCCCUGGGCCGCGUAGCCUCCGCCAUAGCCCUCGCCCUCAUGGGCAAACACAAGCCUAUUUUCGACCCUUCGACCGACUGCGGCGAUUACGUCGUGGCGACCAAUUGCUCGCAGCUGCACACGACGGGCAAGAAGCGCUUCCAGAAACUCUACCGCACACAUAGCACGCGGCCGGGUUCGCUGAAGGAAUUGUCAAUGGAUAGGAUGAUGGCGAAGUGGGGCGGAGGUGAGGUCCUGAGGAAGGCGGUUAGUGGUAUGUUGCCGAAGAAUAGACUGCGCAAGGAGAGAUUGGCGCGGUUGAAGACGUUUGAGGGCCAGGCGCAUCCGUAUAAGGAGAAUUUGAUUAAAGUGGUGAAUGGAGGCGGGCAGAGUAUAACGGAACAUGCGGAUGUCAAGAGGGCGUUUUUGGAGGCGACUACACAGAAUGCGGCGGCGCCGGUGUCAUGACGGGGAAGGGGAUUGAUAGUAUAAGACAUGUAAACAUGAUGCCCUUAGUAUCGUGUGCAGAUUGGCUGCUGUUUAUUGAACAACACCAGUAAGUCCUGGCUGGCA